AUUGAUUCAUGUUUGAUGUAAUUUGCGGGCUCAAGAAGCAGCAAAGUUCAGUCUUAUGGCACAAAGCUUCGAGGAAGAUCCGAUAGAGAGCUUGAGCCACUCAGAAAGACCUUGAAGAUUGGCAGGCAAGUCUGUUCCGCUAUAAGAUCAACGGCACAUGUCGCAUAGUUUACGUCCAUUGGCAUCCUGCACGUAGAUCUCCGGGUCAGACCCUUUGCAGCUUCUCCCUGUACAUAGAUCCAUGGCGGCCAUGGCGGAAGCGGCAGCGCCGAAGGCAGGCUAUGAGACUGACAUGGCCUCAAGGGAAAACGUGUACCUGCUGACUUACUCCUUCAACCAGGACUUCUCCUGCUUCGUGUGUGGCACCACGGCGGGCUUCAGGGUCUUCACCCUCCAGGACUCCAAGGAGGGCUCGGGCAUCGCUGAGCGCCUGAGGCGGGAGCCUUGCCCCAAGAGCUCGGUGAUGCACGUGGCCAUGCUCUACAAGAGCAGUAUCUUUGCCAUGGUGAAUCAGACCUUUGAGCCCUCAGGGGAGCCCUCACAGGGCUGCAGGAACAAGGUUCAAAUCUGGGAGGAACGCAAGCAGAAGGUGGUGGCAGAACUCCGCUGUCGCAAUGAGGUCAAAGGCGUGUGCUUGCAUAGGGACAUCAUUGUGAUGGUUUGCGAGUAUGUCAUCUACGUCUACACUUCGGGCGAUGUGAAGGUAAUCCUUCAUCUGGACACCGGCUCCAACAAGUUGGGCCUAUGUGCCCUGGCCACAGGCAGUGAUCCCUGGCUCUUGUGCUGCCCAGCCCAGAACAAGGGGGCGAUUCGCAUCCAAGUUGGACAAGAUGCGCAAGCUACCCAUGUUUUUCAGGCACACCAGUCAGGGCUUGCAGCGCUGGCCCUGAAUGCUUCGGGCUCCCUGGUGGCCACUGCAUCAGAGACGGGCACAGUGAUGAAGGUCUUUCGUACCGCGGACGGCGAGGCGCUGUACAGGUUGCGCCGGAGCACGCGGCCGGCGUCGAUCUCAAGCUUGGCCUUCCGGCCCGAUGACUGCUAUUUGGCCGUGGCGUCUUCUUCCGUCACGGUGCACAUCUUCAAGCUGGACAACGCCACAGCCACGGAGGUGGAUGAGAAGACUGACAAGGAGAACUCACUGGCCUCCUCGCCAGCCUUGGAGCCUGCUCCAGACCCCCAAUGGCCCAGCCCUUUGACAGCUUUGCAGACCUUGCAGUCGAAGGCUGCUGAAGCUGUUCGAGGCCUCACUCCACAGUACCUGGCCGACCUACGCAGCUUUGGGCAGUUCCGGCUCCCGGACAUGGAUGGUGGGACUCCAGCGGUGGACACCCGUAGCAAGCAAGCGACCAUUGCUGGCCCCAUCCUUGCUUUUCACAAGACCGAGCCACGACUCUACAUUUUGCAUUAUAAUGGCUUCCUCUAUGAGUGCAGCUUCCAGCCGGACUUCGACCCCAAGGCGACCCAGGAAUGCAGCUUCAUCUCAGCCACCACCUGGUUUGCGACCCGCCCUGAUUUUAAGGUGUCGAAACCCAUCACCGAGUUGAGGACAGAGCCCGGGGGUGAGGGUGAUGACGCAGCGGAUGAAUGGCAACUCUUAUAGGAUCAGGGCCAAGAUGCGGGCCGAAGUUCGCCCGAAGAAGUGCUGGUUCCUUUGCCUUUAGCCUUCACUUCUGCAUCCAUUCUGCCGGAACCUGCGGAACAA